UUCUCUUUUGCAGUUUAGUGCACCUAGUGAAAUCUACGCGGCAACUACUGUCGCGUGUGGCAUUUCAUCCCAUUUAUUGAAUUCUUGAAUUCAAUCGAGAAAUAAAUUUAAUUAUCUCUCUAAACCUUGAUAGUGAAGUGUAUUUACGUUAUACUUGCAAGAACUCAGCUAUCGAAAGAAUUAGAAGUACACACCUGGGUGGUCUCGAAAACCUAUAGAUACGAUGGCGAGAUAUUUUCCGUCAAAACUGGGGAUCGACCCAGACGACUCGCAAGAGGAGAUAUGGGAGGAUAUCCAAUUUAACCGCGAGCCCAAAGCUGAUCGCCACCUACCUCCACUGCGAUUUACUUUCGACGAUGGUGAACCUAGCACGAGCACUGCGGUCGUGCCUGGGCCGUCGCAGGAGCGUCAAGAGCCCCCGACUCGACCUUUCAAAAAGACGACUAACCCCAAGUUGAUUAAACGUCGCCGCUGCACGACGCCUCCACCAAACAACAAUGAAACUCCUGCUGCAAGUACAAGUUCAAGCAUCAUGGAGGUGGAAGAGGUUCCCAAAAAUACUCCAGAGGAUUCAAAAACCGAAGAUCCCGAUGGCCCACCGGCCCGCCAGCGACCCCGUCUCCAUGCCAACGAGGCAUCAGCAUCUACAUCGGCAGGCCCGGCCGGGCUCACGCGGGCCCAGCUUGAGGCAGAAAUACUGCUGGAGCUACGCCGUCGCACCGUCUCGGAUGAGAUGCCUCCGUUUGAAUUCGAUUUGCCGUUUGAUAUUGUUACUGACGACGAAGAAGAAGCAGAAGGAGACCAACCAUUCGUCGUUGGUGAAUUGGAAUCAGUAACGCCAGCGCCGCCACGCAGGAAGCGCAAACCACUGAGCUCGGAUUCUGAGAACGAUCCUCACUGCCGCCGCAAUAAGAACAAGUCGGUGCCAUGCAUUUAUUGCCACAUGUGGCGCCACGGAAUUAAGGCCUACAGGAAGAAAUUGCGUAAUGCAAAGUCCAUGCUGCGCAUCAUAAAGGACAUGAUUAAGAACCGCCAGGAUGCCAUGGAGAAGCAGUGAGCUCCUAGUACCGAAACUUCAAGAUCGGAAUUCUUUAACCAACAAGUGGAUGACGAAACUUUAAAAGAGAUUUUGGAACUGCACCGACUUUCUUUGCAUUAAAAUCUUGAGCAUUCGAAACAAUAUAAUAUCUCUAGCUUUAUACUUCUAUAAUAUGCCGUAACUUAACUGUACGAAUUUUAUAGUAAGUAUUUAUACAUAGCAACGAUCCCACUUAACUCUUAUUAUUUUAAAUUGUUAAGUCGGGCGUGAUUUAAGAUCCUAGAUGCUAUACUUAUCAUUUUAAAAAGUUAUAUAUUUUGUGAAGUAUAUUCUUUAAAAAAUUAAAAUUACAGGGAGAUAGAUAAAUAGGUCUAUAGGAAGAUUUUGGUAUAAACUUUUUUAUUUAUCUUAACAAACUGACAUUUCUACUUAUAUAACUAUUGGGUUUAUAAUUCUUAAAUUAAAGUUGGUAGUGUUUGAACAAGCGCACAUUCAUGUGGUUACAACAACGGGGUGGAGGCACAGUCAUGCACAUAAAAGUUAGUUCGAAGCAUUCCGUAUAUCCUGAAGUAUGUUCCUGAAUGACGAAUAUCGCAGGAAUAAUAUCAAAUAUGUAAUCCCUUUUUGUCGGUCAGUAAUAUCUUGUUACUUGGUACACAUAUGUAUUGGAAUUUGUCGUGUCGAUGUUAAAUAUAAGUGCAUAAUCAAUAAUCUAAGGCCUAAUCGUGUAUGUCUAUUAUUUCAUAUAAAUCUUUAAUCCUGGAAUCCGGUUUGGUCAUCUUUCCUGAAUAUCUCCCCCACCCUCACCACGUACCAGCAAAAUUCUGAAAAAUUCUCACGACGUGUUCGUUAUUCGACUGGUUUUUGUAAGUUCAGACUACCAUAGCGUGUAAGCCUACUAUUAUUGUUCAAUUAUCAAUUAAAUGUACUGAUGUAACCGAAUCAUAGAUUGUAAGUUUGAAAAUCAUAGAUUGUAAGUUUGAAAAUCUUAUUGUCUAUUUAAUGCCGUAGCUGUACCUAAGUUUGAAUUUUGAAAAUUAUUAUUCUCUCGCUUUCGACUGGGACAGGUAUAAUUUCAAAACAGUAUUAUAAUUCUGUUAAUUUCCAUUAUAUGUUAUGUAUUGUUUGAUUGUUCACGUUUUUCUUUGAAGUAUUAUUUUUAUGAAAAAGGGAAUUUUAUACAAGCUAUUAAGUUCUAUUUUUUUAAUUCAACAUUACUUUAAAUGCAUUUAUGUACAACGAUUAUAUUAAGUUAAAUACAAUAAUAUUUAAGUGCAAGUAAGCACAUACUUAGAUAAGAUUUAGAAUUAACAAGUAUAUAAUCCUCUUUAAUAUAAUUCAUUAAAAUAAUAAUUCACAAUAUCAGUAGAUGAACGUAGGUACCUAUAGUAGGUACAAGUAGAAAGUUUUAACAUUUACGAUCGUAGAUCACCCUAAUAUAAAACAUACUUUUGAUGAUCAAUUAUUUAUUUGCCUAAUAAUUUGAUAACUG